AAAUUGCUUUCUCCAUCCCAUGAACUAAUUAGACAAUCUGUACACCAACUUAUAGCCGCCUCUGAAAAUGGAAAUAGUGAAGCUCUAUGGGGGGCAUGGCCGAGUCCGUUUAGUUACAGAGUAAUAUGGGCAUUGAAGCUCAAGGGCAUUCCGUUCGAGUACAUUGAAGAAGAUCUUUUCAACAAGAGUCCUCAACUCUUACAGUACAACCCGGUGUACCAGAAAAUUCCGGUGCUUGUUCAUGGUGGACGACCGAUCUGUGAAUCCAUGGUUAUACUGGAAUAUCUAGACGAGAAGUGGCCACAACAGCCUUUAUUGCCGAGCGAUCCUUAUGAAAGGGCAGAGGCUCGAUUUUGGGUCAAAUUCGCCGAAGAUAAGGUUUCUUGCAGUGGGAUGAUAUACCAAACUGAGGGUGAAAAACUAGAAAAGGCCAGGAGGGAUGCCUUGGAGAUGCUGACCAUCCUAGAGGAACAUGGACUCAACGGGAAGAAGAAAUUCUUUGGAGGGGACAAUAUCAAUAUUGUGGAUAUUGCCUUCGGGUGGAUUGCCCACUGGAUGGGAGUCAUUGAAGAGAUCACGGGAGUGAAGCUAAUUGAGGGCAACAAAUUCCCUCUCUUGAAGGCUUGGAUGCACAAUUUCAAGGAAGUGUCGUUUAUCAGUGAGAAUCUACCUAAUAGAGAAAAGAUGGCUGCUUUCUUCCGAGCCAGGAGAUCGAUGAUUUUGUCAUCAGCUUGACCAAUAAUGUGAAAUAAGAGUAAUAUUUGAGAAUGUAUGGGGGAUCUCCUCGGAGAAUGGCAUCCCGAGUUUGUGUUUAUUUCAAGAAAAUAAAGAGUCAUCCUGACUAGGUUCUAUGUCCUUUCUUGCAUUUUGAGUGUUCGUUCUUCUUGUAUCCAACCCCCGCCAAAUUUUAGCGGGGUCUUGCGCUUGCUUGGAACGAUGUCUUUUCGGUUAAUGAAAUCUUAUGACAGUCUCCAACUUU